AUGAAAGGACUUUAAAUAACGAAUUAACUUUAAAAAGAAAAGAAGAUGAACAUCAAAAGCUUUUAUAUUGUAGGUCUUAUUGGAGAAGGUAUAUUUUUGAAUAAUAGUUAAGGUUCUUAUUCUGAAGUUUAUGAGGCUAUAUACUUAAAAAAUAAUCGUAAAGUAGCCAUAAAAAAGAUUUAUAAGGAAUCAAUAACUUUAUCAAACAAAUAAUCAGAGAUUUAUAUUGAAAGAUAUAUGAUGAAGUAGUAUUCACAAAAACAUCCGAGUAUAAUUUAAAUAUAAACUUUAGGCAUAGUUGAAUUUAUUGGAAGCUUUUAAGACAAAUAAUAUCUCUACUUUGUAAGUGAACAUUGUCCUUUUGGAGAUUUAGGAAAUAUCAUUUAUGAUGUUUAUUAAUUUUACAGAAAUACUAGAAUUGAAGAACUUGAAUAUUUCAUUAAAGUUUACAUUUAUCAAAUAACUUAAGCCAUAAUUUUUUUGCAUAGUGAAGGUAUAGCUCAUUUAGAUUUAAAACCCAAAAAUAUAUUAAUAGAUAAAAAUUACAACUUAAAAUUGACUGAUUUUGCAACAUGUUUUUUUUUUGAAGAAAAUAAAUAACCUUCAGACUUAAUAGAUUAAAUUAAGAAACUUUAGUAGAGUUAUGGUAAAUCUAUUAAGAAAAUUGAAAGGGAAUCAACUUAAUAUAGAUCAAAUUUUGUUGGGACACCAGAAUAUAUCUCACCUGAAAUGCUCAGUAAUAGUAAAGCAUCUAAAGAGGCUGAUUUAUGGGCUCUUGGUUGUAUAGUGUAUGAAGUAUAACUUAAAAUUUAUCUAGUUUUAUCAUGGAAAAUAGCCUUUUACCGAUAUUAGUGAAAAUGCUAUUUUUAAUAAUAUCUUAACUAACAAUUAUUAAUUAGAUGAUUCAAUCCCAGAACCUGCUUAAGAUCUAAUUAAAUCUCUAUUAGCAUUGAAUCCAUCUGAAAGAUUAGGAUAUGAAGAUUCAAAAAUGAUAAUUUAACAUUAAUAUUUUCAGGAUAUUAAGUAAGACUAUAUUCCUUGGUAAAAUUAACUAGAGAUUCCAUAUGAAUAUUAGGGAUUUUUUUAAGAAAUUAUUCCAAGUUAAAGUAAAUCAAGUAUUUUAUGGGAGUUUACACCUGCAAAUAUUUAGAUGAAAUAAGAAUUAUUUAAUAAAAAAUAAGAUAGAUUAAAAACAAUAAUGGAAGAGUUAUAUGAAGUUGUAACACCCAUUCCUAAUGGAUUAAUAAGACCAUAAAAAAUAUAGUGUUCUCCUAAAUUUCAAAUAUUUAAAACAGAACGAACUCAAUCCCCAACAGAAUCUAAUUGUAAUUCAGUAUUUAAACAUUUCGACAAAUGUGUUGGUUUUAUUUAUUUGAAUACAAACAGAUGGUUUUGUAUUCCAUAAAUAGCAAUACUUUUUGGAUAUUUAAAGCCUCCCUGUUUAUUGAUUGAUUUUAUUAAAGGAGACAAAAAAUAUUUACCUAUUGACGAUACAAUAAAGAUAUCAAAAGAUGGUGUUCAUUAUGUACCAAGUUUAGAAAUUAUAAGAUUUUAGAAUCUUCAUCGUUUUUUUAUAAAUUUAAGGAUGCUGAAGCAAAACCUAUUAAUUGGAUCCAGGUUGUUCAAUCAAUAAAAAAUGAAUAUCUUCAUAAAUGA